AUGAGUGACGCUCAGGCGAACGAGGCCGAGAAGAACAUCGAGAUAUGGAAGGUCAAGAAGCUCAUCAAGCGCCUUGAGGCCGCCAGGGGAAAUGGAACCUCCAUGAUUUCGCUUAUUAUCCCUCCCAAGUCCCAGGUCUCCCAAAUUGCCAAGAUGUUGGCUGAAGAAUAUGGUACCGCCUCCAAUAUCAAGUCUCGUGUCAAUCGACAGUCCGUCUUGUCCGCCAUUACCUCCACCCAGCAGCGUCUCAAGCUCUACAACAAGGUCCCUCCCAAUGGACUCGUUGUCUACUGUGGUGAAAUCUUGACCUCCGAAGGCAAGGAGCGAAAGGUCAAUAUUGAUUUUGAGCCAUUUAAGCCCAUCAACACGUCUCUGUACCUUUGCGACAACAAGUUCCAUACCGAGGCCCUGGCUGAGCUGCUCGAGUCCGACCAAAAGUUUGGUUUCAUUAUUAUGGAUGGUAAUGGAGCUCUGUUUGGUACUCUGAGCGGAAACACUCGUGAGAUUGUUCACAAGUUCUCCGUCGACUUGCCCAAGAAGCACGGACGUGGUGGUCAGUCUGCUCUGCGUUUCGCCCGUCUCCGUGAGGAAAAGCGACACAACUACGUCCGCAAGGUUGCCGAGUUGGCGGUCCAGAACUUCAUCACCAACGACAAGGUCAACGUCGCCGGUAUUAUUCUUGCUGGUUCCGCCGAUUUCAAGAACGACCUGAACGCCUCCGACAUGUUCGACAACCGUCUCGCGACCAAGGUCAUCAAGGUUGUCGAUGUGUCGUACGGUGGUGAGAACGGUUUCAACCAGGCCAUCGAACUCUCGUCUGAAACCCUCGGCAACGUCAAGUUUAUUCAGGAGAAGAAGCUCAUUGGAAAGUACUUUGAGGAAAUCAGCCAGGACACCGGCAAGGUCUGCUACGGUAUUGAUGAUACACUCAAGGCAUUGGAGCUUGGUGCAGUUGAGACCCUUAUUGUCUACGAAAAUCUGGAAAUUUCACGCUGGACUCUCCGCGACAGCGAGAACAACGAAAUUCUGCUUCACACCACCAAGCAGCAGGAGCAAGACAGCCGCGAGAAGUUCCAGGACAAGAAUACCGGCCAGGAGAUGGAAGUCGUCACUCAGGAGUCAUUCUUGGAAUGGAUUGCUGAGCACUACAAGGACUUUGGUACCGCGCUGGAAUUCGUCUCGGACCGAUCUACCGAAGGAAACCAGUUCGUCAAGGGUUUCGGCGGUAUCGGUGGUAUUCUCCGAUACAAGGUCAACUUUGAACAAUUGGCUGAUCUGAGCGACGAUGAUGACUACUACGACGAUUGA